AUGGUUACUGAAACAAGCGCCGAACGUCUCGAAGGUACUCAUGCCAUUAAGAAGACCCAGCAAAACGAAUUCCAGGUUGAGGAAGUUGAGAAAUCUGUGGACCUUGUGUACGAAGAUGUCGACGAAGAACCUGAGCUUCACAUGCGAACUUGGAUCGUGUUAGGUUCCAUGUUUUGGCUGGACCUCGUGCAACUUAUCGCACUCCAGGGCCCUCCCGCGAUGCUCGACUAUAUUGGAAACUCUUUUGGCGACACGCAAACUCAGACAUGGAUUCCCAACGCCCUCGCACUCAUCCAAGUAGUACUGCGGCCCAUCAUUUCUGCUGCGUCCGACACUUUUCAGGUUCGAAAGAGUCUGUUGGUAGGCUCUUGCGUUGUGUCCUUUGUUGGUUCGGCGAUCGCCUCUGGAUCCAAUAACAUACACAGGGUCGUCGUGGCUCAAGUCCUGAUUGGCUUUGGAUUCGCGGCCGUGCUUCUUUCCUACUGUGUGCCUAGCGAAAUUGUCCCUGGGAGAUGGAGACCAGGUGAAUAA